GGUUAUUAUACAUAAAAUCUGAAUUUGCUGUUAUUUUUGGUUCCACAUUUUUAGAAUUUCCAGUAAAAGUUUAGAAACUCUAAACCAAAAUUUAAGGACAGGUAUUGGUUCUAAAUGACAACAAACUUUGAGUUGUGGUGGUUUGGUUAAUUUGAAUUACCCGGAAAAACAUUUCUUUAAACUCAAUUUGGUACAUUUCUUUUUUUCUUCUUCUCUUCUUCCUCUUCCUUCUCCUCUCUUUAGUUUGUCAAACAAAUUACAUUAGAUAUAGAAAACAGAAAUAUAUAUUUAGAUGAAAUUGUUGUAGAGACAUGAGAGAAUGUAUUAUGAACUAAAUUACAUAGACGGUGUCGGAAAACAUAUCGUUGUUCCUUCGACAUUGGACGUAUCAAUUGCGUCCUGUGAUUUGGUCACAUUUGCUUUCAUAGAUCAUCCUAUCGUCGAGUUACAACAGUGAAUGCUUUCCGACUUUUAAAUGACCACGAAGAUGAAAGGCCUGUUGAAGGGCCUGCGGUACAUUUCACAAAUUUUCGAAAAAGAAGAUGAAGAAGAGGAGGAAGAAAUGCAAAUCGGUUUCCCCACAGACGUAAAACAUGUGGCACAUAUAGGAUGGGACGGUCCUGCUGUUUCUUCUCCCAGCUGGAUGAAUGAGUUUAAGGGGACACCUGAACCUGCCUCAAAUCCGUUAAAUCCAGUUAAGCAAAAGGAACGAUCUGCUUCAAAAUCACCUUCUCAAGAUUAUAGUACUUCUGGUGACUCUUCGGCUCGAAACGGCCCUGACCUUCCAAAACCAUCAAGACGUCGAAACUCAAAAAGCGAUGCGUCCUCGUUCGAUUCCUCUACGCAAGAAGGUAGUGUACCGAAGCAAUCAUCGAGGCGUCAAAAAUCAAACAGUGGUGAUUCAUCAGCCUCUUCACAAGACCCAACAACAAUCCCUAAACAAACUAAAAAGAAGAAAUCGAAAGGUUCAUCCGGCGAUGGAUCAACAAAAAUGAGGUCUAAAGAUUCAGAUAUUAACACUAAUGAAACUUAUCCUCCUAUAGGAUUUGAAUAAUAAUAAUAAUAAUAGUUCUUGAGGGUGUCCAAAAACAAAAAUUUGUGAAUUGUGUGAAUUUUAAACAGAUAUUUCAGUUUUCAAACAAUCUUUAAAUGCACUUCCCUGUUUUAUUGCAUUUUCUAAAUGUUAAAGGCCUAAUUUCUUACAUGAAUCUGAUAUUGGUUAUGAUGAA